GUUACAGCUUAAGCCCUGUGUAUUCGGACCAUCAAAGAUCGAAGCUUACAGAUACGGUGCAGCCAGGUCAACUGCGGCUAGUGCAAUAUUUGACCGAUGGAAGUUUUCGAAAAAACCGGCCAGAAUCCUGCGAGGAGAGAGGGCGAAAACAUAGGGAAACGCGGCGCGGCAAUUAUUAUGGAGUGUUUUUCCGGCGCAAGGCUCGGGAAUCUAGUUUCAAAGGCAACCGCCCCAUUUACUCAACCCCGUUCUGCCAUCCGGAAAGUGCAACAUGGAUUCCGAGAAUUGAGCGUAAAAAGGUGGAAGACGAAAACAAGGGAAGCAGUUGAAGCGCGACGAUGGCCGGUGACGAGGUUCCGAAACAGAGGCGAGGACAGCAGACAGAGCGGGAGAAAGCAGAUCUGGUGAUACAGAGAAAAUUUGGAAAGAAACAACUGCAAAAUGUAGAAAGCAUGAGAAUUAAUUGCUAUUGCAGUUUGAGUGAGGUAGUGAAGAGGAUAAAACAACAACUUAAAGCUGAAGAAUUGGUUGAAUUCAGGAGGAGUGUAUUUGGUUGGGUAUUGGAUGUGGAAGAGAUGUACACAAUUAGUGGGCAACUUCAACUUGGAUUUCUGUGCAACUACGUAAAAAAGGUGAAUGGGAGGAAAGAGAAAGUUGCAAGUGUGCGUGUCCAGGAGAUAGCGCAAGGAACUGGAAGUACAAGUGUUCAUGCAGACGUGAACAUAGAAAAGAGUGUUGAGAUCACAUGUGGCGCCGAUACAAGACCUAAACGAAAUGCAAGAUCACCAGACAGAUAUACACCAGCAGAGAAUGUGGUGGCUGCAAAGAGGAGACGGAAAGAAAGAGCGAGAAAAAGUGAGGAGGACCACUUUUUACCGGCUAGAAAGUAUGGACCAUUUGCAGAAAACCCAACUGAAUCUCCAUCGGAAGAAGAAGUACGGAAGUUAGAAACUUAUCUUCAAGUUGGACUAUUGAAGAGGGCAACAAAGGAAGCAGGUGGCAGAAGAUACCGCAAAGAUGAGGACAUCAUGAGAGGCAUACCAUUUAUUCUGGAUAUGGCAAAGAUAGAAUAAAAAACAUGGUUGUACAAGUUGUUUGUCAAUCCAGAGUGACUGGACGAGAUGCACAUUUAUGCAGGGAUGUACUACUUGAAUGUCAAGCAAGUACAGUACAGGGUGCAGCACCCCUACAGCGCUAGUGGGCCUUACUUUCUACAAAUGCUGAGACGUCAAAAUGAGAAGAUAGAAAAAGGUGAGACGAUGAUUACAGAAGCAGCGAACAUUGCAGUGAUUGAAGACGAAAUUCAAGGCAGUGCUUCACCAUUCUCUAGGAGUUGGGCAGAAUCUGAGUUCGUAUACCUCCCGCUUAACAAUAGCAACCACUGGGUGUUACUUGUUUUGGAAGUUAAAAAAGAAAGAUACGAGUUUACAACUCCAAAACCAGACGGGCUGAUAGUUUAAGAGACAUUAGACCGUUUGUAGAGAGCAUACAUUGGUUGCUGCAAAAAAUCAUGGACGUGCAUGGUGUUUAUGAUGAAAUUGGGUAUGAGCGUAUGGGUAACGAAGUGUUAGAGUUGGAGCCUGCCGAGGAUUGCCCACAACAAGAAGACAGGGGAAACUGUGGCAUGUACGUAUUGAAGAUUGCCGAAUUUUUGAUGAUGGGGCUAGAUAUAAAAGAGAUCAAGUCAAAGGACAUGCCCAUGUAUAGGCAAAAGAUGGCCACAGAGUUAGUGUUGUAUAACAACAAGAGGAUGGAGGAACACAAAAAACAGAAGCAGGGACCGAGGAGUUGCAUUUGAAACUUGAAUGAAAUGUUGUUUUUUGAAUAUUUACGUUUAAUGUUUGAUGUUUGACUUACAAUGUUGACUGAGCGUUUUGCAUAAUGGUGUAGUAUGUCCUUGACGCUUUGAGUAAUGUUUUGGAUUUAAAUUUUAUGUGUAGUUGUUUGCUAUUAAAUCAAAGUGGAAAAGUUUCUAUAA